CAGCGGGCACUAUUUUUUUCCUUGUCACAAUACUUGUGGACUACUGCUUGACUUGGAGGUAUUCAUCAUCUUGGAGUGCAUGAAAGCUUUUGGUUUAAGGAUUUCCGUCUUAAAGAACUUCCCUGUGCCGUGACGCACCUACACUCCAGCCCACUCCCCCACGCCGCUAGAACGCGAGACACACUGGGGUGUGAAGAUGUACACAGUUCUGCUUUUCAUUUACCUGGGAGGAACCGCAUUACCAUUUGUGAAAUGUUUCAGUGAUGGCAAUUUUGAUGCCAAUCAAGAUGUUUGUCAGUCAAUGGCAGUUGAUCAUGAUGGACAGCCCAGUCAGGAUCCAGCAUCAAAUCCGUUUACAGUUGAUCCUGAUUAUGUUGAUAUCACAGUUUUGGGAACAGUUGUUACUGUGUCCCUCACAGCUAAUUCAGUGGGUCGACCUUUCCGUGGUUUCAUGCUGGAGGCAAGAAAAACUAACGAUGGUCCACCUGAGGGUGUAUUCUCUUUGUUGGACUCAACCAUCAGCAGACUCCAGAGCUGUAAUGGCGCUGCUGGUAGAGCUGUUACACAAAUCAAUAACCAAGAAAAGACUGUAGUAAGGGUCUCAUGGAGCGCUCCUAACACUGCACGAUACUUCUUCAGAGCUACAUUUGUUGAGAACAUGGAUAGUUUUUGGGCUAAAAAAGACAUAUCUCCUACAACAACUACAACACCUACAACAACUACAACACCUACAACAACUACAACACCUACAACGACUACAACAUCUACAACAACUACAACACCACCAACAUCUACAACAUCUAAAACAUCGACCACAACAUCAACGUCUUCAGCACCCUUUACAACAAAAGGCAGUUUUUUUGAUAAGUCAGACCUAUCUGUGUGUAAGCCUGGAGGAAACUGUCUUUUAAUCCUGCUAUUGGCCAGCUAUCUGUUUCUUGUUGAGGGUUUCCCUUUCCUGAUGGAACACAGAAAGCGAAGAAAUGUUGUUGUGAUGCAGGUCUCCUCUGUUCUUUCUUCGCUGCUUUCAUUAGUGGCCUUCAUCAUCUCGCUGAUACUCACUGAACUGGUUGCAGCCAAAGUUUUGACAGGACUGGCAGUGUUUCUGAGCUUGUGCCAGGUGAUAGUGAUAUUUUCAUUCAACGGACCAAGUCAUGAGUUAAGGAGACCACUGUGCUGGGCCUUUGGACUGCUUGCAUUUGCAAACAUUUGUUUGACAACGGCUGCCAUAUUUGUUGGGCUUGUGAAGUGUAAGAUCUGUACAUGGCUACUCAUUUUGAUGGCUGCAUAUCUCGCAUUUGACUUGCUGUUCUACAUGUACUUAGGUUUUACAUCUAAGAAGCCUGGACAAAUCAGUCAGAGGAUUUCUUACAGGUCCAUGUACCUUGGUGUCUCAACACUGGUGAAUGUAGCAUUUACAGUAGCACUUAUCAUUGGAAUAUUUUUGUGUAACUACAGUACAGUAACAGAGCAGAUUAGUGGAGGUACAUGAUAGUCACCUAAGAGGCUUUGAUUCCAUGAUGAUUUACUGUUAUACUUUCUUGUUUGUUUGCACCUUCAUUAAGUCUCAGCUAUUUUGCACUUAUUGUAAUGACUUUUGUGUCAGCAAAAAAAAUCCAAAGAAUAAUUUUGUAUUGUUGGGAUAUGUCACACAAAAUAACUGGAUGACAAAAUGUAAAUUCACAAAACAAAAAAUGUGUUUAUUUUAGUGAUUGUUAUUGUUGAUAUUAUUAUGGUAAAAUACUGCACGUCAGAGUAGUUGAGCUAGUACCGGUUCAAUUAAAGUAAAAGGGAGUACUUCUAAGAAAUGAAAUGACUAAUUUUGUAGAUUUUUAUCACCAUUCAGAUGACGUAGGGCUAGAUGCCAGACUGCUCCACUGCUAAAACAACAUCCAACUUAUUAGAGGCGAGGGGAAAAAGCGGUAUUAGAUCUAGUAGUCAAAAUGAAUGCUAAUGGUCUUGUGAGAUAAAAACACCCCGGACUUGGUGCUCAUAACAGUACCAUAUUAAAAUAUCCACUAAUUUAGUAAAUAUCAGGGAACAGUAGAUAUUGAGGUUUAUUCAAAACAGUCAAAUUGACUGUCUUGGCUUGUCAAGUGUAAAAGCUACAUAGCAUUAUACACCUGCAUUUUGUUUGUGCUUGGUGGAGGAAUCACCAAAUGAUCAUGCUAUUGCACUGAGGUUCGAUGUUCACCUGUGGUUUUGAGUUUAGCAUGUUCAGGUUUUGUGUGUUGUUCAUGUUUUGUUGCUCAGUGGGUCUGGUGGACCCACUGCAUUACUGUUUUUUUUUAUCAAUAAAGCCAUAGCAAUUAUUGUAAAAAUACCAGAUGUUUAAACAUCACAAAUGGCCAGUGGAGGGUUCUCCUUUAGCAACU